AUGGCUAUCGUUGAAAAAGAAUUACAGUAUAUUAAGAAAGAACGUUUCUUACAAAACAAACCUAGUACUAUGUACUCUAAUCCUUUUAGACUUCAGUAUUUUCAUAAUGCCAAUGAAGGACCACAUGGAUUAACUAGUAUAUUUCUUAAUUACUUUUUUGAUACUACAAUAGUUCAUAUGGCACCAUUAAAUCCUUUAGGAAGUUUUUAUUAUCAAUUAGAUGCUUUAUUAGAAUAUCAUCCUCAUAUUUGUAUUGGAGAAGGAUAUGGUGCUCUUAUUUUAUAUCAUUUCUUAACUAGUCAUAAAUAUGAUGGUAAUUCAGUGUUAAUGUACCUUCCAUUAUCUCUUGUACAUUCAAUUCAUCUUCCAUCUAAAGGAAAACAUAUCUUAAUUUUUGACUUAAAAGAAGUUAAUGAAGAAAAUGCUAUUAAAUUACUUCCUCAAGAAGGUGAAAUAAAAAAAGAAGAAACAGAUAGUUCAAUUUGUUUAAAGAAAGGAAAUAUUAAUAUUUAUUUAAUUAAACUUAACAAACAACAAUUUGUUAAUAUUGAAGAAGCUAAGACAAAUAAAUUCACUUUAAAAAAUGUUAUUGAAACUGUUUGUGAUGAAGACCUUGCUUUUAGCAGAUUACAAGAUAAAGGAAUGAUGAUUAUUAAUGCAUUUCUACUUACCUUUUUCUUUAUUAUCACAUAUGGACUUGUUGGUUAUUCAAUGAAAAAACAACAAAUUAAUAAUUCAGAACAACAAAAGAAAGAGAACUAA